UUUCUAUUAAAUUAUGAAAUCUAUUUACAAUAGCAUAGCUAAAAUUGGAUAUAAGACAAAAGUAUUAAUAAAUAAUAAGUAGGCAGCUUUUUCAGGUGUGACUGAUAUUGUGGUUGUUGAUUAAGGAAAUGACAAUUAUUCUUCAACACCUUUUAAUGUGAAAUUUGGGAAAUUAAAAUUUUAAAAUGAAAAAUAAGAAAUUCUUACAGAGAGUAAAGAAUAAUCAAAUAUUUAGUAUUGCAUAUAAGAGAAUAAUCUGUGAUAAAAUAGAUAAAGUUGAUUAAAAUAGAACUCGAAAUAAAUGGAGUUUAAAGAGAUGACAUUUAAUUUUAUUUAGAUGAUGAUUAAAUUGGACAUUUUGCAUAUCAUGAAGAAGAAGAUAUUAUUGAACUUAAAUAGAUAUAUCAUAACUAAAAUAAAUAAAAUUAGAAUUAAUAAAAAUAGUAGGAAAUCAAAUUGUCUAAUUUAUCAUAAUAUAUUGUAUUAUCAAGAGUACCAAUUAAUAAAACUAUAAUUAGUAUGAAGUUGAAUAAUGGAAUAAACAGACUAAUAUUCAAUGUAAAUUGCAAGAGAUUAGGAUUAUAAUAAAUAGAAUGUGAAUUAUAUAAAAUAGAGCAAAAUCAAAAAAUUUUUAUAAGUGAUAUAGAUGGAACAAUAACAAAAUCACCAACUAAGGGAAUGAUAAUGUCUACAUUUGGUAAAAAUUACACUUAAGAUUAUAUUUGUUAAUUUUAUAGUAAGCUUGUUGAAAAGAACUAUUUGAUUUUAUACAUGUCUGCAAGAUCAAUGGUAUAAUAUGAGAAAACAAAAGAAUAUUUACUACGUUAAUUUUAAGAUGAAAUCUAAUUACCUUUUGGUCCAUUGAUAUUGUCACCUUCAAAAUUAUUUGAAGCAUUUACUAUUGAAGUGAUUAAGAAAUAAACUGAUAUUCUUAAAUCAGAAAUGUUAAAUGAUUUAAUAUAUUCAAUAGGAAUAACUGGAACAAUUCAAGGAGGAAUGGGGGAUAAAAAAAAUGAUAUUGAGGCAUAUAAAAUGGUUAAUAUAAAUUAAAAUAGAAUUUUACGUAUUAAUAAAAAAGGAGAAUUAUUAAGAGUGAAUGAAGAAAAUAAACAGGAAUAGUAUACAAUGAAAGAAUUCAUUUAAAAAAUUGAUGAAAUAUUUUGA